AUGAAAGCUCCCAUCCCUCUCCAGAUCCUGCUCUACGCUACUGUCAUCAGGAGCUUGAAAGUGGUGUCAAAGAGAGGAUCAGUGGAUGGCUGCACAGACUGGUCGGUGGACUACUUGAAAUACAAAGUGCUUUUGGGGGAACCGGUGCGGAUUAAAUGUGCUUUAUUCUAUGGAUAUAUAAGAGCGAACUACACUCACGCCCAAAGUGCGGGACUCAACCUCAUGUGGUACAAAAGCACAGGGCUGGGGGACCACGGAGCUUUAGUGCAGGGUUUCGAAGAACCCAUUUCCUUCGACGGCAUACGGAUGAGCAAGGAAGAGGACUCGAUAUGGUUUCGGCCAGCCGAGCUACAAGAUGCUGGACACUACUCAUGUGUGCUAAGAAAUUCAACAUAUUGUAUGAAAGUCUCCAUGGAACUAUCCGUGGCGGAGAAUGACACAGAUGCCUGUUACAACUCCAAGAUGAGGUACUUCGAGAAGGCAGAAUUAAGUAAAAGCAAAGACAUCAUCUGCCCUGAUAUUGAGGACUAUGUUCAACCUGGGAAGGACCCAGACUUAGUCUGGUACAAGGAGUGCAAGCCUAAACAAUGGAGACAGAGUAUCGUGAGAAGAAAAGACACCCUCUCGAUACGUGAGGUCGGGGAAGAUGACAUUGGAAAUUACACGUGUGAAAUACAAUUCGGGAGCUUUGUGGUGCGGAGAACAACAGAGUUAUCAGUCACAGCCCCUUUGACAGACAAGCCGCCCAAGAUCCUGUUCCCCUCCGAGAACAAAAUAAGCACCCUGGAAACGCAAAUAGGUAAGGACCAUGGGAUCCACUUCAAGAGCGCAUCGCUGAUUCGGUUGCACGGUAGUAUCGGCGGCGGCGGUGACGCCGACUCUCCCCCUCGACCGACAGGAGCGGAGGCCUCCGCUGUAAAUGUCACGCCAGCCGAGGCGCCGAGACCAAGCCAAGGAGCGCAUCUAGCACAAGGGUCUAUUCGUUUACUCCGUGAGCACCUCGGGGAGCGGGAGGUGUCGAUCUCCUUGAUGAUCGAGCCGAUGAAGGAGACCGACCUGGCCAACUACACCUGCUACGUGGAGAAUAACCACGGCAGACGGCAGGCCACCGUCCAGCUGACCAAGAGGGAGCUUAUGUACACAGUGGAGCUGGCCGGAGGGUUAGGCGCCAUCUUGCUUCUACUCAUCUGCCUGGUCACCCUGUACAAAUGCUACAAGAUCGAGCUCAUGCUCUUCUACCGGAACCACUUUGGGAGCGAGGACGUGGACGGAGAGAACAAGGACUAUGACGCCUACCUGUCCUACACCAAAGUGGACCCUGACCAGUGGGGUCAGGAGACCCGGGAAGAGGAGCGCUUCGCUCUGGAGAUUCUGCCUGACAUCCUGGAAAAGCAUUAUGGGUAUAAACUCUUCAUUCCAGACAGGGACUUGAUCCCCACAGGAACCUACAUCGAGGACGUGGCGCGCUGCGUGGACCAGAGCAAGCGCCUCAUCAUCGUCAUGACGCCCAACUACGUGGUGCGGCGCGGCUGGUCCAUCUUCGAGCUGGAGACGCGUCUGCGCAACAUGCUGUCCAGCGGCGAGAUCAAGGUCAUCCUGAUCGAGUGCGCCGAGCUGCGCGGCAUCAUGAACUACCAGGAGGUGGAGGCGCUCAAGCACACCAUCAAGCUGCUGACCGUCAUCAAGUGGCACGGCCCCAAGAGCAACAAGCUCAACUCCACCUUCUGGAAGCACGUGCUCUACGAGAUGCCCUUCAAGCGCAUGGAGCCCAUCAUCAGCCACGAGCAGGUGCUGGACGUCAGCGAGCAGGGCCCGUUCGGCGAGCUCCAGACGGUGUCGGCCAUCUCCAUGGCGGCCGCCACCUCCACCGCCAUGGCCACCGCGCACCCGGACCUGCGCUCCACCUUCCACAACACCUACCACACGCAGAUGCGGCAGAAACAUUACUACCGCAACUACGAGUACGACAUCCCGGCGGGCGGCACGCUGCCGCCGCUCUCGUCCCUGGGCAACCAGCACACGUACUGCAACAUCCCCAUGACUCUGAUCAACGGGCAGCGGCCGCAGGCCAAGUCGUCGCGCGAGCAGAGCCUGGAGGAGGCGCACGCCAACAACGCCAUGCUGCCCCUGUUGCCCCGCGAGACCAGCAUCUCCAGCGUCAUCUGGUGA